AUGAGGACUUUCAUUGUAUUCGCCCUGUUCGCCGUUGUGGCUGUGUCCGCACGUCCCGACAGUACCUACACUGACAAGUACGAUAGCGUGGAUCUAGACCAGAUCCUCAGCAAUGAGAGACUUCUAAUCCCAUACCUCAAGUGCAUCCUGGACCAGGGCAAGUGCUCACCUGAUGGAAAGGAAUUAAAAGCCCAUAUCAAAGAGGCCUUAGAAGAGAACUGCGCUAAAUGUACCGGCACACAGAAGUCUGGAACCAGGCGCGUGAUUGGACAUCUGAUCAACAAGCAAGCCACCUACUGGGACCAGCUGAAGGCCAAAUACGACCCUGAACACAAGUUCGUGCUCAAGUACGAAGCGGAUUUACGCACAGUAGCUGCUCAUUAA